CUGUGGUACUGGCUCGCUCAGGCCGAGAAGGAGACCGGCGUUGAGGGCAUCAGCGACGAGGCACUGGCUCAGAUGGCCGAGCACUUGACCGUUACGGAUGAAGACUUUGAGGUUGCUUCCGUUGAAGAGAAGAUUAGACGGCAUGACGUGAUGGCCCACGUCCACGCCUUUGGAAAGGUCGCACCUGCUGCUGCCGGAAUCAUCCACUACGGCGCAACCUCCUGCUACGACAAUGCUGAGUUGAUUCUGAUGAGAGAUGCCAUGGAUCUUCUGUUGCCCAAGCUCGCCAAGGUCAUCAAGAACCUCUCUACCUUCGCUCUUGAAUACAAGGAUCUCCCUACUCUUGGAUACACCCACUACCAACCCGCCCAGCUGAUUACCGUCGGUCGCAGAGCAUGCCAGUGGAUUCAGGACUUGACCAGAGAUCUUAAGAACAUUGAGACCCAGCGCAAGGAGCUCCGAUUCCGCGGUGCUAUGGGAACCACUGGAACCCAGGCCAGCUUCAUGGAGAUUUACCAGGGCGACGGCUCUGCGAUUGAUAAGCUCAACGAUCUGCUUUGCCAGAAAGCCGGCUUCCCUUCUACAUACGACAUCAGCGUCCAGACUUACAGCCGAAAGGUGGAUCUGGACAUCGCCAACGCCAUUUGCGGCCUGGGUGCGACGGCCAUACACAUGACUUCCGACCUCCGUCAUUUGGCUACAAUGAAAGAGAUUGAAGAGCCCUUCGAGGCCGGACAGAUUGGAUCAUCAGCGAUGGCGUACAAGCGAAACCCUAUGAGAAGUGAACGAGUCUGCUCUCUCGCUCGCAAGCUCCGCAGUCUGCCCAACAACUUCACCGAUACGUACUCUGACCAAUGGUUCGAACGAAGCUUGGACGACAGUGCCAUCAGGCGAAUUGACAUCCCUGAGAUGUUCCUCCUUGCUGAUGCCAUCCUUUUGGCUUUGGACAACGUCACCUCCGGCAUGGUUGUUUAUCCCAAGCGCAUUCAUGCUCACGUUAUGGAAGAGUUGCCUUUCAUGGCCACAGAGAACAUCAUCAUGAAGAUUGUUGCCAAGGGCGGUUCUCGCCAGGACGCCCACGAGGAGAUCCGCGUUCUCUCCCACCAGGCCAGCGACGUCGUCAAGAAGCAGGGUGGCAAGAACGACUUGAUUGAGCGCAUCCGCGCAACCGAGUACUUCAAGCCUGUCUGGGACGACCUCGACAACCUGCUUGACCCCACUCUGUUCAUCGGACGCUGCCCCGAGAUCGUCCAGCGCUACUGCGGCGAGGGAAGCCCCGUUGAGCAGGCCAUUGCCCCGUACGCUGAGUACAUCAGCAAGUCCGGCGCCGCUCAGCUCAACGUCUAG